AUGACGGAUGGGUCAGAAUUAUGGCGAGAAUGCGUACGAUGGAUGAUUAAGUGUGGAAUUUUAGAUGCAACUCAUCGAGUCGCGGAUAGUGACGCUGAAAUUGGUGAUUUUGCUUCAAUUCUUCGCGAUGGUGUUCUUUUAUGUAUGCUAUGCAAUCGUUUAUGCGAGAAUUGUAUUGAUACUAAAGAUCUACAACAAAGGCCGCAAAUGGCGCAGGUAGCUUUUUUUUUUUUGAUGCUCCUUUUGCCUCAAUAA